UCACAUUUUAUUAAAUUAAAUGUGGUUACUUGUAUGUAUUACUGCAAUUUAGCUUUUAGCUGCCAUAGUACACAUGAAAUUAAAUAAACCAUCAUCAUCAUCAUACAUUAAUUAUGAGGCUGGUUCUAGUCAAACCCACCAAUGCAACACUUCGGCUUGAUUCAACAGGAGACGCUUGCAAUGACCGAGACCCCGAUCACAGUAACUCAAGAGGGCAGUCCCUACCAGACAAAGCCCCUGAUGUCAUGCAGGAUUGCUACUCUGGAACUGCCCUCCACUACCAAACAUUAGUGCCAGAGCAGAGCACUAACAGCAUGUCCCCUUCCACUUCUCUGCCACUGGCUACUCCGAAUGGAGUCGCUCCACCAAGGAAAUCUCCACCAUUAAAAAUUACACUUUCCCAUCUGAGCAAUCAAGAACUCCUACGCUUUUGUAGCCAGGUGGGUGGUACUCUUGAACUGCAGCGCGGAAGCCCACUCAUGGCCGAGUGGCAUGGGACCACGGUGGAACGUCCUAAUGACGACUGUGGCUCUGUUUGCUAUUCUCCUAGUACAAAACAUGGUUCAGGGGUGGCAGGUUUCCAGCCACGAUCAAAGCAGGGCUUCCUGAAGGACUACCUCUCCACAUUUUCUAAGGGAACUCCUCCUUCUCUGCAGUAUACCCACUCCUAUCCUCAGAACACCCUGGUCUCAUCGUCAUCCCAGUUUUUCACGCAGAAACCAAAUCAAGCAGAUCCCUCAACAGAGACCAUUGAUCACCAGCAGGAUCAUUUCAAAUCCCGAUGCAGAGGAAAAUACUGGCUGAAGGAGUAUAGUCAAUGGCAGCAGACCCAUAAUCAUUUCAAGCUUAAAGAGCAUAACCUACCACCAGUAUUAACUUCUGAAAAACCAGAACCUUCGCUCAAUAUACCUAUGAAAGGCAAUGAGUCAAGUGAAGUUAGGCAGCUCUUGGUUUUGUCUCAACCUCAGGACCAGCAGCAACCUCCCAUAGAAACACAACACCAAUGGAUGUUAAGGAAUGGUUUACCUAGCUGCUGUGCGAAUGAGGGUGGAGUACAUUGUGGGAGCCAACAACCUUCCUUCCACCAGCAUCUACAUCAAGACCCUGAAUGGCAGCAUUGUUGUGAUCAUUUUAGCACCCUAAAAUGCCAUCAGUCUUCUCUUUACCCAUCCAGCAGCCCACGAGUGAAUAAUUCAUCCGAGGCUACUAGCAACAAAAGCAGUGUUCACUCCUCUUCCAGUUGCCAUCGGUGGCCUGAGAACCAUAGUCUAGUAGGGAAAAGGCAACGACAAAGAGAGCAGAAGGUACAUCCUCAUACCAAAAAGGUUGGCCAUGUUGGAUCGAUGCCUUCCCUGUCCAAGAGCAGUGGCCCACUCCUUCCCGGCACAGUUGUGACCAGCGCUAAAUACAGUGGGGAUGUUGGAAGACCCCCGAGCAGCCUUGGAGCUUCGCCACCAAACCUUUCAGAGCUGGACUCAGAGAGGCAAGAGCCCCUUCAGACACUCCAAAGGUCUGUCUUGGAGGAGGUGUUCUCGAAAGGCUUCAGCGAGAACAACAGUAAGGCUAACAGUGAAGGAGGAAGCAACACGCCACAGAAGAGGACCAAGGACAUUGGCUAUAGAUUGAGCCAGCGUAAGGCACUCUUUGGAAAGCGCAAACAGUUGAGCGACUAUGCCUUGAUCUUUGGGAUGCUUGGGAUCGUCAUCAUGGUGAUGGAGACGGAAUUGUCCUGGGGGGUUUACACGAAGGAAUCCUCAUACUCAUUCUCUCUGAAAUGCCUUAUCAGCCUUUCAACUGCUAUAUUGCUCGGACUAAUCGUGAUGUACCAUGCACGGGGAAUACAGCUCUUCAUGGUGGAUAAUGCAGCUGAUGACUGGAGGAUUGCCAUGACUUAUGAGCGGAUCUUCCUAGUUCUGCUGGAGCUGCUGGUCUGUGCCAUCCACCCCAUCCCGGGCCAGUAUGUCUUCACCUGGACGGCCCGGCUGGCCUUCACCUACGUGCCCUCAGUAACUGAUGCCGACGUGGACAUCAUCCUCUCCAUCCCCAUGUUCCUCAGGCUCUACCUGAUCAGUCGCGUCAUGCUGCUGCACAGCAAGCUCUUCACAGACGCCUCGUCGCGCAGCAUCGGCGCAAUCAACAAGAUCAACUUCAACACGCGCUUCGUCAUGAAGACUCUCAUGACCAUCUGCCCCGGCACCGUGCUGCUGGUCUUCAGUGUCUCCUGUUGGAUCAUCGCCUCAUGGACAGUGCGCAUCUGUGAGAGAUAUCAUGACACACAGGAAGUGACCAGUAACUUCCUUGGGGCCAUGUGGCUCAUCUCUGUCACCUUUCUCUCCAUUGGUUAUGGAGACAUGGUCCCUCACACUUACUGUGGAAAGGGUGUCUGUCUGCUGACUGGAAUCAUGGGGGCCGGAUGCACUGCCAUGGUGGUUGCUGUAAUUGCGCGGAGGUCAGAGUUGACCAGAGCUGAAAAGCACGUUCACAACUUCAUGAUGGACUCUCAGCUAUACAAACGAGUGAAAAACACAGCUGCCAAUGUACUCAGGGAGACAUGGCUGAUCUACAAACACACGAAAUUAGUCAAGAAGAUCGAUCACGCCAGGGUACGCAAACAUCAGCGGAAAUUCCUGCAAGCCAUUCACCAAUUGCGCAGAGUCAAAAUGGAACAGAGGAAACUCAUCGACCAGGCUAAUACACUUGUGGAUCUAGCCAAGACUCAGAACAUGAUGCAUGAUCUGGUGUCUGAUCUGCAGCGGCGCAGCAAGGAGCUGGAUAGGAGGAUCGGUAGUCUGGACGACAAACUGGACUCCAUCCUAGUCAGUCUGCAGACCCUACCCAGCCUGGUCUCCCAGGCCGUCACACAGCAGCACAGGGACUUUCUGGAUGGCUUGGCCCCCCGUGUUCAGACAGCCUCGAAGGGCUCCGAGGACAAUUGGGUUCCCGCCAGGCGCAAACGUUCCCCCUACACUGCACCACAGACCAUAUUUUACAGCUGACAGCCUGCCAGUGCCAUCUCCACUGUUGUGACCUCAAAUGAUGUAUUUAUUUAAUAUUGUAUUUGAUACUAGCCAGGGACAUUCUAGCCUCUGUAUGAAUUUGAGAUUGGUUCGAUCUCUCCAGCACCAUCCCGCAGCUGUUUACCAAAACAAGUAACAGCGUGGCCGAUUUGAAGGUUUUCAGAAUCCCAAAUUCCUGCCUGUGUACCUGGGUCAUUCUUGAAUUGUGGUGGAAUUUGGUUAUGGCAUUUUGGAAAACAAUUUACUUAAUUUUAGGUAAUUUUUUAUUUAAUUUGGGUGUUAUAUCUUUUGUAACACCAAUGACACCAAAUGAUCAAUGGAAUUCUCAAACAUAGGCUAUGUCAUACUAAAGUGUGAUGAGCUAAUAACUGUAUUUAACCCCCUAAAGUCUAAUUAGUAUAGUAAAAACAUCAUUAAUAAAAAAUCUGUCAGUUUAAGCUAGAUAUGUUUUUGCAUUGGAUGCGGCUCAAUCCACCUCAUCCGCCUAUGUGGCAAUUCCGCAUCUGCGGUGAAAGGUGACAGAGCUAGGGAGGUGUUUGUCAGACCAUGAGACGUCCCAAAAAUUGGUGUUCUCCGUUUUGCUCUACAAGCGUCUUGGGACUUGUCUGAAGUCGAUAUAC